GCUCUACUUGACAGACCCUCAAGAUGGCCUCCAGCUCAGCCAGCGGUCCCCGCCCAGCCCCUGAUGAAAAUGAGUUUCCAUUUGGUUGCCCACCGGCUGCCUGCCAGGACCAAUCAGAGCCCAGGGUUCUCUGCUGCACGGCCUGUCUCUCUGAGAAGCUGAGAGAUGGUGAAGAUCGGAUCUGUCCUAAAUGCAGAGCAGACAGCCUGCAGCCUGUGAGCCCAGGAAGCCCUCUGACUCCGGAGAAGGUUCACCCUGAGGUGGCUGAGACUGGAGUCAUGUGUCCCUUUGCAAGUGUUGGCUGUUCCUUCAAGGGGAGCCCACAAUCCAUGCAGGAGCAUGAGGCCUCCUCUCAGGCCUCCCAUCUGCACCUGCUUCUGGGGGUCCUAAAGGAGUGGAAGUCAUUGCCAGGCUCCAACCUGGGCUCCACGCCCAUGGCACUGGAGCGGAACCUGUCAGAGCUGCAGCUUCGGGCAGCUGUGGAAGUGACUGGGGACCUGGAGGUAGACUGCUACCGGGCACCUUGCUGUGAGAGCCAGGAUGAACAGGCCCUGUGGCACCUCCUGAAAGAGAAGCAGUUGGCUCAGCUGGAGGAGAAGCUGCGUGUGUUUGAGAACAUCGUUGCUGUCCUCAACAAGGAGGUGGAGGCUUCCCACCUGGCACUGGCCGCCUCCAUCCACCAGAGCCAGUUGGACCGAGAGCACAUCCUGAGCUUGGAGCAGAGGGUGGUGGAGUUGCAGCAGACCCUGGCCCAGAAAGAUCAGGUCCUGGGCAAACUUGAGCAGAGCCUGAGACUCAUGGAGGAGGCCUCCUUCGAUGGCACCUUCCUGUGGAAGAUCACCAAUGUCACCAGGCGGUGCCAUGAGUCAGUGUGUGGCAGGACUGUCAGCCUCUUCUCUCCAGCUUUCUACACUGCCAAGUACGGUUACAAGUUGUGUCUGCGGUUGUACCUCAAUGGUGACGGCUCAGGCAAGAAGACCCACCUGUCCCUGUUCAUCGUGAUCAUGAGAGGAGAGUAUGACGCUCUACUGCCCUGGCCAUUCCGGAACAAGGUCACCUUUAUGCUACUGGACCAGAACAACCGUGAACAUGCCAUUGAUGCCUUCAGGCCUGACCUGAGCUCGGCCUCCUUCCAGCGGCCACAGAGUGAGACCAACGUGGCCAGCGGCUGCCCACUCUUCUUGCCCCUCAGCAAGCUGCAGUCACCCAAGUAUGCUUACGUGAAAGACGACACAAUGUUCCUCAAAUGCAUUGUGGACACCAGUGCUUAGGGGUGGGGGGUGUCUCCUGAGGGGAACCGACUCAGACUGGAGGACUUAAGUAGAUAGACCUCCAGGCCCUGCCCUUGGAGCCCACAGUUCAAGACAAGGAUGGGCUGCAGCUGGCAUGACCAGAGUGCCACAGCAGCUUGGCUGUGGCUUCUGUGAGGGUAGCAGCACUGGAGCAGAGAAGGUAAAGGUGCUCCCUUCACACAGACUACACAACACCAGGAGGCCAGCGCACCAGCAGGUCCUGAAUGUCAAGACCAACUUAAGACUGUCCAGAGGCAUGGAUGUUGAGCCAAGGCUGUGGGGCCGAAGCAGAGGAGCACCCUUACUAGGAAGGUCUCUGUAGGUCAGUGGAAACUGGAGACAUGUCCAGUCUCUCUGUUCAGACUCAGAACUAGGACCACAGGGCAGAAGGGUCAGAUGCUAGUGUGAAUAUGACCUAUCCUGGGCUGAGUUCCUGUGUUAACAGAUAAAUCCAGAAGCUGUACCGGGAAAGGCUUGCGGGUUGGAGUUGAAGACCUUUGGUAUUUUUACAGAUGAAACAAACAACAGCAGCAGCCUUGAAUUCCAAAUUUCCUUUCCCUGGUGAAGCUACACCCACAGAGGAUUCUGGAUAAAUACCCAGGAUCCUCAUAUCCCUUCCAGCUCCCCACUCACCUAAACCUAGCUGUCCAAGUUUCCCAACAGACAGGAGCACACCCAGGCCAAGUAAAGAUCUUGCCAUGCAAAUCGGGAGCUGGUGUCCAACACACAGCACCUUCAUGACUGCUCACAGAGUGCCCAGCCACAGGGCUACACUGCUAGGGACCACCAUUCCUCCUUCCAUGAAC